AUGGCGCCGUUGCCUAUCAAGCUGGGCGAGAUCGUCCAGCUCACUUCUCUCGGCAUUGACAGCGCGUCCAUCGGAUUCAACUCUUGCACAUUAGAAUCCGACCACUUCAUCUGUGUACGCGAGAAGAAGAGCGAAACAGCUCAUCCCGAGGUCGUUAUCGUCGACUUGAAGAACAUCAGCAAUGUUAUGCGCCGCGGUAUCAAGGCAGAUAGUGCUAUUAUGCACUGGACACGCCCAGUCAUUGCUCUGCGAGCCCAAUCAAGAACCCUUCAGAUCUUCGACCUCGAGAAGAAGGCCAAGUUAAACUCGGCCACCACAAACGAGGACGUUGUUUACUGGAAAUGGAUUAGCGAGUCAGCCAUUGGCCUCGUCACCGAGACUGGUGUCCAUCACUGGGACGUCUUCGAGGCGAACCGGGCCCCGGUCGAGGUCUUCAAGCGGAAUGCUGCCAUGGGCGCUUGCCAGAUCAUCAACUACCGUGUAGAUGCUGACAGCAAGUGGAUGGCUGUUGUCGGAAUCUCGCAACAGCAAGGACGCGUCGUCGGCUCCGUCCAACUCUACUCUAAAGAGCGUGGCGUCAGCCAGGCCAUCGAAGGCCAUGCAGCGUCAUUUGCCACGUAUCAGAUGGAGGGCGCACCGCAGCCGUCCAAGCUGUUUGUCUUCGCCGUUCGCACUGCUGUUCACGCCAAGCUCCACAUUGUCGAGGUGGAUAAGCCUGAAGCCAACCCAGCCUUCCCCAAGAAGGCUGUGGAUGUCUAUUUCCCCGCAGAGGCUGUCAACGACUUUCCCGUUGCCGUCCAGGUCUCACAGAAGUACGGAAUCGUCUAUCUCAUCACCAAGUACGGCUUUAUCCACCUCUACGAUAUUGAGACCGGUACUUGCAUCUUCAUGAACCGCAUGUCCAGCGAGACCAUCUUCGUGGCGUGCGGCGAUACGGAGUCCACCGGUGUCAUCGGCAUCAACCGCAAGGGCCAGGCGCUCUCCGUCAAGGUGGAUGAGACCACCAUCAUCCCGUACCUUCUGCAAAACCCCGCCAACACCGACUUGGCAAUUAAGAUUGCCUCGCGGGGCGAUCUUCCGGGUGCCGAGCCGCUCUAUGCCCGUCGGUUCGAGCAGCUAUUCAACGCGGGCAGUUUUGUCGACGCUGCCCGUGUCACGGCCAACUCUCCCCAAGGCUUCCUGCGCACCUCGGAAACUAUUGAGAAGUUCAAGCGCCUCCCGCAGCAGCCCGGCCAGAUGUCCUACAUCCUGCAGUACUUUGGCCUGCUGCUGGACAAGGGCACUCUCAACAUGACGGAGACACUGGAGCUAGCCCAGCCCGUUGUCGCUCAAAAGCGCACAGAGCUUCUGGAGAAGUGGGCAAAAGAGGACAAGCUGUUUGCCUCUGAACAGCUCGGUGACUUGGUGCGGCCAUUGGAUCUGGCCCUAGCUCUGCGCAUCUACCUCAAGGCCAAUGUCCCUCACAAGGUCGUCGCAUCUCUUGCUCAAGCGAACCGCUUCAACGAGAUCAUUCCGUACGCCACCCAGUCUGGAUACCAGCCAGACUACAUGCAGCUCUUGCAGCACGUUGCUCGUGCCAACCCUGACAAGGCAGUCGAGUUUGCCACCAUGCUUGCCAAUCAUGGGGGCGGCCCACUUAUCGACCUGGAGCGUGCAGUCGAUGUUUUCCAGUCACAGAGCUUGCUCCCGCAGGUGACGGCCUUUUUGAUCGAUGCGCUGAAGGAGAACCGCCCCGAGCAGGCCCAUUUGCAGACUCGUCUCUUGGAGAUGAACCUGCUCAAUGCGCCACAGGUCGCCGAUGCCAUUCUCAGCAACCAGAUGUUCUCAUACUUCGACAAGGCCCAGAUUGCCAAGCUUUGCGAACAGGCUGGUCUGUUCAAGUGGGCAUUGGAUCUGUACGAGGACCCUGCGGCUGUGAAGCGCGUCGUUGUGAACAUCCCGGGUACGGCCGACUUCGAUCCCGAGUGGCUAUCCACAUUCUUUGGCAAGCUUUCGGUCGAGCAGUCCCUGGACUGCCUCGAUUCCAUGAUGAAGCACAACAUCCGCCAGAACCUGCAGUCCGUUGUGCAGAUCGCUACCAAGUACUCUGACCUCUUGGGCCCGCAACACCUCGUGGACCUGUUCGAGAAGUACAAGACCUCCGAGGGCCUAUACUACUACCUUGGCAGCAUCGUGAACCUGUCCGAGGAUUCGGAAGUGCACUUCAAGUACAUUGAAGCUGCCACCAAGAUCGGCCAGUUCAACGAGGUGGAGCGGAUCUGCCGGGAAAGCAACCACUACAACCCCGAGAAGGUCAAGAACUUCCUCAAGGAGGCCAAGCUGCAGGACCAGCUGCCGCUCAUCAUUGUCUGCGACCGGUUCAACCUGGUGCAUGACCUGAUUCUGUACCUGUACCAGCACCAGCAGUUCAAGUCCAUCGAGGCAUACGUACAACGUAUCAACCCGUCUCGGACCCCCGAAGUUGUGGGCGGCCUGCUCGAUGUGGACUGCGACGAGAAUAUUAUCAAGAACCUUCUCGCGUCGGUGACCCCGGGCCCGAUUCCCAUUGACCAGCUCGUUUCCGAAGUUGAGUCGCGCAACCGUCUGAAGCUGCUGCUUCCCUUCCUCGAGUCUGCUCUUGCUGCCGGAAAUACCGACCAGGCAAUUUUCAACGCGCUCGCCAAGAUCUACAUCGACUCGAACAACAACCCCGAAAAAUUCCUGAGGGAGAACGACCAGUAUGACACGCUUGUUGUCGGAAAGUACUGUGAAAAGCGUGACCCGAACUUGGCCUACAUCGCCUACAGCAAGGGCCAGAACGACCUGGAGCUGGUCAACGUUACCAACGAGAACUCCAUGUACCGUGCUCAGGCCCGCUACCUUUUGGAGCGCGCUGAUCGUGAGCUGUGGCAGUUCGUGCUUAGCGAGAACAACAUCCACCGUCGCUCCGUCAUUGACCAGGUCAUCUCGACUGCCGUGCCGGAGUGCACGGACCCGGCCAAGGUGUCGGAAGCCGUUGCAUGCUUCCUCAAGGCCGAUCUCCCCGCAGAGCUUAUAGAACUCUUGGAGAAGAUUGUUCUGGAACCGUCUCCGUUUAGCGACAACCAGAGCCUGCAGAACCUGCUGCUGUUCACGGCCACGACCGCCGACAAGGCCCGUGUCAUGGACUACAUCCACAAGCUGGAUGCCUUCGACCCCCAAGAGAUUUCGACCGCUUGUAUCAAUGUUGGCCUGUUCGAGGAGGCGUUUGAGAUCUUUAAGAAGAUUGGCGACAACGCCAGCGCUGUCAAUGUUCUGAUCGAGCAUGUCGUCAGCAUUGACCGUGCCCAGUCUUAUGCCGAGGACAUCGACACCCCGGAGGUCUGGAGCCGCGUUGCUAAGGCGCAGCUGGACGGUCUGCGCGUGAGCGAUUCGAUUGAAUCGUACAUCAAGGCUAUGGACCCUAAGAACUACGAGGAGGUCAUCGACAUUGCCACGCACUCAGGCAAGAACGAGGAGCUUGUCAAGUUCCUUCUCAUGGCGCGCAAGACGAUGCGCGAGCCAACCAUUGACACUGCGCUGGCCUUUUCUUACGCGCGUCUGGGCAACUUGUCAGAGUUGGAGGACUUUUUGCGCGCCACAAACGUGACCAACAUCGAAGAGUCUGGUGACAAGGCGUACGGUGAAGGACUGUACGAGGCGGCCAAGAUUUUCUUCUCCAGCAUCUCCAACUGGGCGAAACUCGCAACCACGCUCGUGCACCUGGACGACUAUCAGGCCGCUGUUGAGGCGGCUCGCAAGGCCAACAAUAUCAAGGUGUGGCGCGAAGUUCACGAGGCCUGCGUGGAGAAGAAGGAGUUCCGUCUGGCCCUCAUCUGUGGUCUGAACCUCAUUGUCGAUGCAGACCAGCUGCAGGAGCUGGUGAAGCAGUAUGAGCGUAACGGUUACUUCGACGAGCUCAUCAACCUGCUGGAGCAAGGUCUUGGUCUCGAGCGUGCUCACAUGGCGCUGUUUACCGAGCUGGGUAUUGCUCUGUCUCGGUACCACCCUGAGCGGCUUUUGGAGCACCUGAAGCUCUUCUGGAGCCGGAUGAACCUGCCCAAGAUCAUCCGCGCCUGUGAGGAAGCGAACUUGUGGCCGGAAUUGAUCUUCUGCUACUACCACUAUGACGAGUUUGACAACGCGGCACUGGCUGUGAUUGAGCGGUCGGAGAACUCGUGGGAGCACCAGCAGUUCAAGGAGAUCGUGGUCAAGGUUGCCAACCUGGAGAUCUACUACAAGGCCAUCAACUUCUACCUGGAGCAGCACCCAUCUCUCAUCACGGACCUGCUGCAGGCGCUGACGCCGCGUAUCGACGUUAACCGCGUUGUGCGGAUGUUUCAGAAGUCUGACAACCUGCCGCUGAUUAAGCCGUUCUUGCUGAACGUGCAGCCGCAGAACAAGCGUGCGGUCAACGAUGCGAUCAACGAUCUGCUGAUCGAGGAAGAGGACUACAAGACGCUCCGGGAUUCCGUGGAGAACCACGACAACUACGACGCAGUCGAGCUCGCCGGCCGGCUGGAGAAGCAUGACCUGGUCUUCUUCCGGCAAAUUGCCGCUAACAUCUACCGCAAGAACAAGCGCUGGGAGAAGUCGAUUGCGCUCUCGAAGCAGGACAAGCUGUGGAAGGAUGCUGUUGAGACGGCAGCGAUCUCGGCCAAGACUGAUGUUGUCGAGGAGCUUGUGCGCUACUUUGUGGACAUUGGCAACCGCGAGUGCUACGUCGGUAUGUUGUAUGCCUGCUACGAUCUGAUCCGGCCGGAUUUGGUGCUGGAGCUUUCGUGGCGCAACGGACUGAACGACUUCACGAUGCCCUACCUGAUCAACCUUCUGAGCCAGCAGACGAAAGAGCUCGCGCAGCUCAAGGCGGACAACGAAGAGCGCAAGUUGAAGGAGAAGGAGAAGGUCGAGGUCGAAGACAACACGCCAAUUCUUGGCGCCAACCGACUUCUGAUCACGGCCGGACCGACCGGUGGGCAGGCUUCGCCUUCGCCGUAUAUGGGCGUCAACGGGUUUGCCCCCCAGCCUACCGGGUUCGGGUUCUAG